AUCCAGCAACUUGUUUUCUUAAAUUCUUCCAUUUGCAGUCUCAAAUCACUUCAGAUUUCUGUUUCAUAUAUUUUUCUAGCGUUAUGGAGGGUCUUCUACCUCUUGUAUACAAAGCAAUAAAGAAAAACAGAACAAGACGACAAUAUGAGUGUCUUUCAUCAGGAACUGCUAGCUACAACAUUAGCAUGGCCGAGAUCUACUCUCAAAAUCAAAUAACAUCAGAAAAUAAUAAUAUUGGUCAUAGGCGAUAUAAAUCUGUUGGAGCAGGAAGUCAUUUUGCCAAUGGUUUCCAAUUUUCUCAAACAACAAACGGUUCUGUUUCUCCAUCUUCUUCAAAACAACUUGUCAGGUUCAGGAGUCAUAGAAUUUUUUCAUGUAUCACUGGUGUCUGAAACUGAGCUUACACAGACAUAGUUAAAUAUCGUAUGUAUGUAUGUAUUGUUUUUUGGUAUAUGAUGAUGCAAAACCACUUAAACACAUCAGUGUAGUUACAUAGACAUAGUACCGCAUAUGUAAUUACUUUCAAUUUCUUUAAUUUUUUUAAAAUUGUUGUCGUGUUAGUAUUGUGUCUAGUGUAUUUAUCUGAGUAAUUGCUUCACUUCAACCGAAUUUCUCAAUAAUAUUUUUGUAAAGAUGAUAUUGUGGCUUUAUUACUAAAGAUGUGUGUUUCUUAGUUUGUUCCACGUUUUUAGUUUUUUAUUUUUUGUUUUCCAUGUUUUAGUUGGUUGUAUAAUAACUUGAAUGUAUAUGUUAAAUUUCAAGCUUGUUUUA